AUGAAGUUCUCUCUUGCCGCUCUCUUCACACUUGCCUUGAGCCCUUGCCUUGUUGGCGCUUCUCCAGUUGUUCCCCAUUUGAAUUCUACUCUCUCCGAAGCUCACUUGAUCUCUCGGGCUGAAUCCACCCAGAAAUUCGCUUCUUAUGCGGCCGCCUCCGUGGCUAGCUGCAAAUGGGUCAAUCAAGGAAAGACCAAGGUCGUUCCCAAGAACUUGGUCCUGUAUACCAGCCGUUUGAAAUCCAGCCCUGCGUAUGACAAAGUUGUCGGUCUCGGACUGAAGACAAAUGCUGGUUCCGUCACGCCCCUCGUCCGUAUCGAUAUGGACAACACCGGCAAAGGCAUCCAUUUUAAUGCUGUCCAGCUCGACAACUCUCAGCAGAAACUUGCUGCGGUACUUACUUCGACUGUCGGGAUGACUCAGGCUGCCCGCACCAGUCUUUACCUCGACUACCUGAAAGGAAUCGAAAACAGGAGUCCUGAGUUUCUGUGGAACUGGUGGAACACCGGAAAGGCCAACUGA